CAUUCUUGGUUUUUUCAUACUUUGCAGAAUGUCAAUGCUGAACAUCAACUCGGUCGUCCACAACUUGUGCCAGCGUGGUCAAAUUCAGGUCAUCUUUGGCCCCAUGUUCUCGGGCAAAACAACCGAGCUGAUUCGCCGUCUGCGGCGUUUCCAAGUCGCUCAGCAGAGCUGUAUGGUUGUCAAGUAUGCCAAGGACAAUCGCUACUCGGAAGCUGGCAUUUCCACACACGACCGAUCCAUCCUGAAGGCCACUGCUGCCACCGUUUUGCAAGAUAUUGCAACCGAGGCACGUCAUUUUAACGUUAUUGGCAUCGACGAGGGUCAAUUUUUCCCAGAUGUCGUUGAGUUUUCCGAGCAAAUGGCAAAGGCUGGCAAGACGGUCAUUGUGGCUGCUUUGGACGGCACUUUCCAGCGAAAGCCAUUCGGUCGCGUCUUGGAGCUCGUGCCGCUCGCCGAAAGCGUCGUCAAGCUGACUGCUGUGUGCAUGAACUGCGCCAACGAUGCCCCUUUCACCAAGCGACUUGGUGCCGAGACAGCCAUCGAAGUUAUUGGCGGUCAAGAAUCCUACAUGGCUGCGUGCCGAGAGUGCUUCGACAAGGUUCCCGAAACCAAGUCAAAAAUCCCCACCACUCCUCCGCCUUCGCCACCGCGCACUUCAAAUCUCCCACCAGUCUAAACGGGAGCAUGAGUUUUGCUCGUUGGUUUCUAGGUUUCUGUGUUUGGGUUGCUUGCAUGCGAGAAUGCUGUCUGUAUUUUGAAUUUUGUGUCUGUAAAGCGUUUCAG